AUGCUAAACAAGCUGUCUGGGCAGCCAGAGAGCUACGAGAAGAAGGCCCUCUAUAAGUUCGGUCGAACGCUCGGCGCGGGCACAUAUGGCAUUGUUCGCGAAGCAGAGUCCAACACUGGUGAAAAGGUCGCAGUCAAGAUCAUCCUGAAGAAAAAUGUCCGUGGAAAUGAGAGCAUGGUCUAUGAUGAGCUGGAGAUGUUGCAGAAGCUCAAACACCCUCAUAUUGUCUCGUUUGUGGAUUGGUUUGAGUCCAAGGACAAAUUCUAUAUUGUCACACAACUAGCUACGGGUGGCGAACUAUUCGAUCGGAUUUGCGAGUAUGGAAAGUUCACUGAAAAAGAUGCGUCGCAAACCAUUCGCCAGGUGCUUGACGCUGUCAACUAUCUGCACCACCGAAAUAUCGUUCAUCGAGACCUCAAGCCCGAGAAUCUUCUUUAUCUCACACGUGCCGCCGACUCUGAAUUAGUUCUGGCAGACUUUGGCAUUGCCAAGAUGUUGGAGAGUCCCUCCGAAGUCCUUACCAGCAUGGCGGGUUCCUUUGGGUAUGCCGCUCCCGAGGUCAUGCUUAAGAAGGGCCACGGCAAGGCUGUCGACAUGUGGUCGUUGGGUGUGAUCACUUAUACACUCCUGUGUGGCUAUUCUCCCUUCCGCUCCGAGAAUCUGACCGACUUGAUCGAAGAAUGUCGCGCGGGCCGCAUCAUCUUCCACGAGCGUUACUGGAAGGAUGUCUCCCAAGAUGCCAAAGAUUUCAUCCUCACUCUCCUCCAGCCAGACCCCAGCAAACGAGUCAGCUCUGAUGAGGCUCUUAAGCAUGACUGGCUGACUGGUGAAUCUGCCAGCGACCGUGAUCUGCUGCCCGAGAUUCGCGCCUACAUUGCGCGUGCUCGUCUCAGACGUGGAAUCGAGAUUGUCAAGCUUGCCAACCGGAUUGAACAACUUAAGAUGCAUGACGAAGAGGAAGGCGAAGAUAUUCCCAGCGCAGUCGAUAUGGCGGGGUCCUCUGGAACUUCAGUCGCAGAUGAUGAGAAUGGCACCGCUCCUACUACGAAGAAGCGCAGUCUCAGCAAGGUUGCUCGUGGUGCUAUAUUCCGAGAAGUUGUUCUAGCCAAGGUGCGCGAGGCCAAGGAAAAUGAGGAGCGGGAAAAGAUGGAGCGUGAGGCUCGUGAGAAGACUCAUACCUAA